AUGUCGAUGGACGCGGCCCGCAGUCGGCAUGGCAUGCCGAAGGGCCCUCUCGUUUCGUACCUCUGUGACGUGGUACUGAACGACUUGGCUAAGAGUCAGGUGCCUCGCCUGGAAGUCCUGCUUCAUCAGCUGGGCCAGCAAGUGUAUGCAUCGUCGCAUCCCGACGAAGACAAGAAGGCCGGGCUGACGGGCCUACGUGGUGAGCCGAGCCCGGUGGUGAGCGAGACGGCGAGCGUGUUUUCCAAUGGCGACGUGAAAGUGACCAAGGCGUUGGAGUAUGCCCUAGCCGAGCUCAUGACGACGGAGCGCAGCUAUGUGGCCCGUUUGGAGGCGUUGUACAACCGAUACGCUACGCCGCUUCUGCAGUUGGCCAAGGACAAAGAUACACAGAUCAUUCCCAGCAAGGAGGCCGAGGCGAUCUUCAGCAAUGUGGGCGAUAUCCUCGCGGCGAACAAGAUGAUGCUGGUGGAGCUGGAGGUGGAAUACGAGCAGGGACCGCAGCAGCUGGCCUCCGUGGUAGGCGAUAUCCUUCUGCGCAAUAUGCACAUGUUCGACUGCUACGUCGCCUACUCGGCCCACUUUGAGCGUGCGCAGCAUACGUACAACCAGAUGCUCAAGCACCGUGGCUUCCGCGAGUACAUUGAGCGGACGCAGCACUCGACGCAUGACCUCGGGAAUGCCGGCUUGCGUGAGCUGAUGAUCGAGCCUAUGCAGCGUAUUCCUCGGUAUCAGCUGCUGAUCAGCAACCUUCUCAAGCACUAUCCUACAGAAUCGACGCAAGCCCAGCAGCUGCAGGACGCAUCGGCCGUCGCGACGAUCAUUGCGUCGCGACGCCUGAGCGAGGGGGAGCGUCAAGCAGCGGUGCUGUGGAGCUGCCAGCGCACGAUCAAUCGCUUCCCGCCGGAACUCUCGAGUCCCGGCCGUGAAUUGCUGGGAUGCAUUGAUGUGGACGAGCCGACGUCUGAGACGGCGCCGUCCAAGGUGUUCACGACGCUGGGCUCCGUGCUGGGCCGCCGCUCUCGCUCGUCGUUGGCGCUGCUUGUGUUUACCGAUGUGCUGGUCCUCGUCCAGCGUCAUUCACGUACGCCGACCCAUUUGUUGCUCGGCGUGCAUGACCCUGACGCGCUGGCCGAGCGCAUGCGUACAUCGUACCAAAGUGCACCGACGCAGUCCAAACGGUCGGACUUGACGUUUGCCGGGAUGGUUGACUUGAUGGAUGUCUGCGCCACGAGCGAGACCUCGCGUGAGCUCCAGUUUGUGUUUGAGCGUACGCUGCGUGGCAGCAACAACAAAGUGCUGCUUCGUCGCUUUGUGGAUGCGAUGCCCGACACGGAUGGCUCGCACAUUGCGCUGUUCCUUGAGUGUUUGUGGCGUGCUCAGGCGGUCCACCGCGCCCGCGGCACGUCGCUGGCCGUGCGUGAGAGCACGUCCAUCUCGGCGUGUGGACCGCUGACGAUGUUCUGGACGUUGUACACUCGUUCGCAGUACCAGCGCCUGGAGGCCAAAGAGCGUCUGCUGCUGUACAUUGGCGCCACCGACUCGAGGCUCUUGGAGACGUACAAGCGGUCCAACGAGAUCUGCGUGGCGCUGGAUCUGAAGGACGAGGUCGAUGCCUGCACCGUGACCAUUUCGCGCGACUGGGGUAUCAAGACACGUCGCGCGCUGUGCUCGCUGCGCGAUGUGCCUCGUGUGUGUGCCGACUUGCUGGUCCUCCCUACGAUCCCGCCAUUGCCGGAGGCGCCAGCUCCUACGCCGGCCGCGUUGGUGCCUACGAAAGCCGCGCUUCCACGUUCCAAGCCCCUUCGUGGCGAGCGCCGCGCUGUGCCGGGUGUGCAUCGCGCACGUAGUCUCGUGAGCGAUCGGAUCCGCGCGAGUAUCCAGUCGAGUUUGGAAGCGAUGCAAGAGUCGGAGCGGCAGAGCUCGACUGCUCUCGCCGCGACACGCAAGCGAAGUGGCCCCUUGGCCGACGUAAGCAAUGUCGAGUCGCCGAAGCGUCGGGCGGUACGUGGCGCGUCGCACGGCUCUGAAAACGUCGCGAUGCACGAGACGCCGCUGGCUGAUAAGAAGGCGGACGCUCUGACCGACGAUGCCGCCAUGUCAGAGGUCGGUACGCCGACACGCAAGAGUCAUACGCAGCUGAGUAUGUAUGCGGACGACACGCUGGAUCUCCCGAAUCCCUUCCACGAUCAAAGUGCCGUCUCGCAUCCGUCGCCCAUCCUUCCGGAGCCGGCGAAGCCUGGCGAAGAGGACGACGAGAUGCCGGACGUGCGUGCUGCGGCCGAUGCCUCUUUGGCGACCAAGUCGGAUGGGGCCGACGUGUCUGCUGCGACGCACAGUACAGCCGACGCCGCACGUCCCGACGAGGCGGCGGCGGCCGCAGCGCAGAGCAUGGCGGAGGACGAGAUGUCCACAUCCACGUCCACGUCGUCUGCGACUGCGACUGCAACUGCGACUGCGACAGUGCCAGAGGACGUGGACGCGAUGGACGAGCGUGCUUCGUUGGCCGACUCGGCGCCCACGACACCCAGCGAGGCGGCGGAGGCUGAGGCCGAGGCCGACGAGGUGCCGCCUGCGGUGCCGGGCAAGGACACGGCGAAGCUGCGUGACUACCAAGUCACAGAAGAAGAGAUGCAGGCGAUGCUGCGGCCUCUACUGGAGCACAUCCAAGUCGCUCCGCGGCAGCAGCCGAUUGUGCAUGCCGGUCUGGGCCCGACGACCGAGCCGAAACAGGCGGAAAUUGUGCCGGCGCCGCUGGAUAUCUCGUACGGCGCACUGUCUACGGUGCCGGAAGAAGACGGCCAGAACGUGGCGACGUCGGACCUUGAUCGCUCGCUGCGGGUGCGCGUGCCGAUGCCGUCCGAGGAUGUCUCGCUCCUGCCUGACACACGCGAGAACGUCGGGAUGCGGGAGGCGAUCAAGCACCUGAAUCACCAGAUCACACUGUUGCGCCGCUAUCGACCAGCGAAGCAGACAGCCGAGUGGGCGCAGGACUGGGCGCAGUUUAAGCAGGCUGUCAAGCAGCUCAACUAUUCCUGGACGGAUAUGGAGCGCGCGUACGAAGACAACCAAAUGGAGCUGGCCUCCCUGCGUCUCGCGCAGCCCGAGCAUGACGACCGUGUGCAUCUCACGCGCGAGGAGUACACGGACAUCCAGGACCAGCUGAAUGCGAUUCUGCCGCUGCGCCUGCAGAUCCAGAAGCUGACGAAGCGGUGCAUGUCGCUCAAGGAGCUGGAGAAGGAUGCGCGGCGCGAGAAUGCCGAGUUGUACCAUGUGUUUAAUGAAGAGCUUGGGAAGUUGUACCAGCACAGUUUCCGGCCAGCGCACGACGAAAUCGAGUUGCUGCGCAAGGAGCUGAUCGAGGCCAAGGAAGAGAUCAGCGCGUUGCGCACCGAGAACCGUGCGCUGCGUCUCCACAAUGUGAUGGGGGAUUCAUAG